CGGUGGUGAUGGCUCUUUCUUGAAAAUGAUUUUGGGCUCUAGCAAAUUAGCCUUAAAAGCAAUUGUGUUUUUCCUGUGGUCUGUUUGCUCUCACACUACACUUUAAAACACCGACCCUUCCUCCUCCCUCUAAAGCAAUGAAUAAAUGAAUUCUUGGUGCACUUUUGUAAUGCCGACAUUUACUCCAAGCUUCCCCGUUUCUGCUUCCUUCUUGUGAUUUUUCCAUUCAUUAAUACAUUUUCUGUCCUCAAUUUACACUCUUCUUCUACCGAUACUUCAACGCAACUCUCUCUCUCUCUCUCUCUCUCUCUCUGUGUCUACACCCUCCACUUCUCUCCCACCAUUAAGGUAAGUUUUUAAAAUAACCCCACCUCUCUCCCCUUGUUUCCUUAUAUAUAAUGGCCUUAGAUGUCCAAACCCACCACCACCAAGUUCAUGUUGAUGGUGCUAGAGGUGCGAGUCUCGAUUCAAGCCUAGCCACUCUCCAUUGAUCUCUUUCAUAAUACUACCAAUCUCUCUUCUGCACAAAGCGAAUUAGAAGAGCCCCCUCCUCUCCCCUCAGGCAGGUGAGAUAUAAUACAAAAACAAAACGUCGAGGAUGAGUCGAAGAAAUGGUAGCCUCCCAAAGCUUGACCUCAAGCUCAACCUAUCACCACCAAGGGUGAACCCGAGAGUGGAGUCCCCAGGCCGGUCGGCAACAGUGUCACCAACAUCCCCUCCAAGCUCAUGUGUUUCGUCAGAGAUGAGCCAGGAUGACACUCUCAGAUACUCUAGUAGCCCUGAGGCUACAUCAAUGGUGCUUGUGGGAUGCCCAAGGUGCCUCAUGUAUGUGAUGCUCUCUGAGAAUGACCCUAAAUGCCCCAAAUGCAAGAGUACAUGGCUGCUUGAUUUCCUCCAUGAUAACAGCAACACCACCACCACCACCACCAUGAAGACAAGGAAGAGCUAGAGUAGUGCUAGCUCCCCUUUUAGCUAACUCUGCUACUAUUAAUUAGGCUUAUAUAGACUCUCUCCCCCCCCCCCCCCCCCUUCU